AUGCAGGCUCGUGUUUAUCGUAGCAACUGGGAGGGAAAAUUCAAGAUGGACGCAACGAAGAAACCAUUGUUAAUACCCCCUGAAUUCUCAAACUAUGCAGAGAAACAUGGAAUUUUUCAGAUUUAUGAGGUGAUGUUUUAAUGUACUUUUACCUGUGUGUCGAAGUGUGCGCUUGCAAAUGAGAUGGCUCUUUACAAAUUAUUAAUUCUCAGCCGCCUGUAAAAGCUAAAAAGCUGCUGGGCCGUAAAACUUAGUUUGACAGCGUUAAGCUUUCAGAGGUCUGCAAUUAGAAUAUUCUAAAUAUUAUGUGAUUUUUACAGGCAAUUGAUGAAGUUGAAAAGAAGUGAGUAACCAUGUCAUGAUAAUUUUUAAUAACUGACUGUGAAAUCCUCAAGGAUGUCUAGAUCUGUGAGACAAGUUUGAAGAACAAUUUAAGCUUACAUGUAUUUCAUAAUUUUUGUCUUUGUUUUUGCAGUGGCUCUUGACCAAGCUAGUUAUAGAACAACCUGCAGAUCCUUUGUCUUACUUGAUAGGACUUUUGGGCCAAGAUGGCAGUGGUAAGAUUGCAAAUUUAAUUUAGAAAUCAAGUCAAUCAUAUUUUUGUGUAGAUCUCCAUCCUUAGACUAGAGGUAGAUUACCCACCAAGUCGAAAGACGGUACCCUAGUUGCAAUGUAACUGCCAGAUAUUAGAUUUGUUACACGGAGAUAUUAGAUUUGUUACUUGGAGUAUCAUGGAAAUUUUCAAGAAGGAGAGGGAUCUUUCAGGUCAAAUGUUUUGGUCGUGCCACAAGGGGAAUUUGCUUCAACCAAUCUGGGUAGUGACACGUCAUCAGUAUGGAAUUUCUGCGCUCAUUUCUCAGAUGUCAUUUCGCGGGGAAACCAGUAGUAGCGUCGCAAAAUGUUGGCUGUUUUUUCAGGCUAAGGUUCGACAAAUUGUGACUCAAACGUAUGUAGAAGAACCACCAGUAGCCUGCGAAAACAUCCGUUUCUCCUUUCUCUUCGCCGCUGGGGAUGUUUUGCAUGGAGAAAUGUCUGCGACUCAGCGGCAGAAAUUCCAUACUGAUGAUGCAAAUCAAUGUUUACAUAAUAAACCCGGUAGUCAUGGGGUUCCAAAUAUAAAUUUGUCCAAUUUUACUUGUCUUCUGGUUGAUUUUGGUAAAGUGUUGUGUUCAUCUGCCAACGAGCUCCAGUGAAACUCAAAUGCUUCUUCUAGAGAAUACUAUAUUCCACAAAUAUUGACUGUUUUUUUAGAGAUUCUUCGCGUUUACAUUUGACCUUUGUGGCCUUUUGUCUUUUGUCUGUCAUUCGUAAACAGUAGCUAAAACAAUGUAACUACUCAGUGCUUAUGACCAGAUUCCAGAUUCCAGAUUCCAGAUUUUACGUCGUCAGAAUGGAAUUUCUGUCGCUUAAUCGCAGACGUUCCUCCACGCGAAACGUCCCCAGUGGCGAAGAGCGAGGAGAAACGGAUGUUUUCGCAGGCUAAACCACCAGGUGUAACAAAUCUAAUAGAGACCUUUAGCAUCAGGUUUUUUUAUGGGUAACCGCAAACUGCACUUUGCAGUUACUCGUUUGCAGGUUCACAAUGUCAAAUUUUAGCAAGGUGUUCUUUGUUUAGUACCGCUGUUUUGUUUUCUGUUAAGUCAGAGUGCAUGACACUUUUAUCACCCAAAAAACAUGAAUAAAGAGUUCAAAAAUCUAAUGCGGGUAUUUUCCUUGGCUCUUAGCUAUAAUAUCUACGUCCCUCAAAUAAAGGAACCUACUUCAUGUCCUUAAACAUGAGGCUGUACAACUCUUAGUGGCCAAAAACCUUGCCGUAAGGCACUUACCACUGAAUGCCUUCCACAUAAAGGAAAAAAUGUAUAGUAAUCUAUGCAGGUUUUGUGUUAUUGUAAAACCUUUAAAGCCUAGACCAUUACUGGUAAUUAUUAUUUAUAGUGCUGUAGAUGUAACAUUUUUUAUACACAUAUUUCUUUUCAAUCUUUCAUAAAAGUUUAAGAAAUAAACAGGAUGCUAAAUAAUUUUUGUUACUAUUAAUACUAGUUCCACAGAUUAUAAUUCAUGGACCUCCAGCAGCAGGAAAAAGAACUAUGGUAAUUUCAUUUUGUAGUAAAUAGUGUGAAUCAAGAUAUACUGCUUUGUCUUUUGGCCAUUACUCUUAAUUUAUGGUAACUUAUUUUUUUGUUUGCAACAGACCAUUAAUUUGCUCAAUGGCAUCAUUUUACUACUACUACCAGAAUCCUUUAGGAUUUACCAAAUUUAAAUAUUAAAGUAAAAGUAAAAUGAGGUCUGGUCUUAGUAGUAGAAAGACAUCAUUGUGCAAACGGCCUAUUACAGGAAGAUUCAUUGUGGAUGAAAGGCAAUUUAAGCCACAAACAACCAAAUAAAUGCCAAAGCCCCGUUGAGUUUCUCUUAAAGUGCAACAUAAACAGAGACAUUAUACCAUGAAAAGGGCUGGGCCAUUCUAGUAAAGCCGAUUUAGUGAAGAUGACAAGUUCUUGAUGGUUUCAUUGCAGUCUGUGAUGGUCGCCAAACAUUUCAAUUGUGUGCAUAUUACACCUGAUAAUCUUGUGGUAGAAUCAGAUUCAAAAGCAGCAAAAAAGGUACAAGUAGUAAUAAGCCUAUAAAAGUACUGUACAACUGUAUUAUCUUAAGCCACACUGUUGGCUCUUCAGUUGAUAAAGCAUUGGUCUAAAGAGAAGAUAGUCUUACUGGGUUCAAUUCAUGCAACUUGGGCCAGCCAAGGCCAGACGAAAUGAACCAAACUGGCUGGGUUACAUUCCUGAAAAGUUUGAUGUCUGUGUUAGUUUAGUUUGUUUGAAUGAGUUUUGAUUGACCGAUUCAAAGAGGAUUCAGUUAAAAGGUUACCAUAGCAUUAAUUGCACAUGUAAAAGUUAGUUUGACAAAUAUUCUGGCUGUAUUAUGGUCUAAAAGUGAAGCAACAAAAUAACUGAAAAAGAAGUUACUGCCGUCUACCUUUUUAUUCAAGUGGCUGAACCUUGGCAAGGCUCUGAUGACCAUGGAGAUAAAAGGAACUUCCUCAGGAAAUAAUUGUCAUGCUUUAUGUAUUGAUUGAAUAAAAGCACGCUUGUAACUUCCAUUUUGCAUGAGCAAAUAAACUAGAUCUUGCUUCUGGUUUUAGUUUAUGUCUUUAUAUCAGUAUAAUAUUUUGAGCAAAAAUGUUUUUUUUCAAUUUGAUAAUUUUCAAUGUAUAUUUUAUAGGCUCAAGAGUAUAUGUCAGCCAAAGAGGUAACAAAAUUACUGUUCAAUUCACAAAUACAUAAAAAAAUGUAAUACUCAUUCUAAAAGUUUUGUGAAUUAAUUACCUAGCAUUUACAGGGUGAAUAUAGCUGUUUACUUUUAGUUUUAAUUACCCGUAAUUUAUGAUUUUAUUUCUAUUUCUUUUUCGUUUCAAUUUUCCUUUUUAAUUUUCCUUUACAUUUUGUACAAAACUAAUGAGAGCCAAUUAUUUCAUUUUCAGUCAGUUCCCACUCAUGUUUGGGUCACCUUGAUAAAAGAAAGACUUUCCAAAGAAGACUGCAUCAGUAAGGUACGCUAUACAAAUGUAUGUAGUUACAUAAACAGUUUUUAAAGAAACAUAAUUAAAUAACCCUCGGUGUAUGAUGGGAGUACAUGCACGUUGCUACACCGGCUUGUUUUCAGGCAGUCCACUUAAAUACAUUGUAGUUUAAUUAAAUUGUAGAAAAUUUUAAUUUCCAAAAUUAAGAGAACAAGUGUGACCUCUCAAGGAAUUAACUUGGGAUUCCAAGAACAAAUCAGUCUGGACUCAAACUCAACAUAAUUGGGACGUUUGUAUACAUGCAAUACAAUUACCAGUACAGUUGAACCUCUCUACAAUGGCCACCUUGGGGACAGAAGAAAGUACUCGUUGUAAAGAGGUGGCCAUUAUAGAGAGGUUUUAAACAAAAGUCAGUGUAUGGAUUUUUUGUCCGCUGGGACGAAAAAAAGUGGCCGUCGUAGAAAGGUGGACAUUAACAGAGGUUUGACUGUACAUGUAUAUGUAUUUCAUUUUUCUAGAGUAAGACUAGUGCACUGAAGGUCUCCUCUUUAUGGUUCACGUAAUAAAGUGCAUUUUUCAUGGCUGACUGUACAGAAACAAAAUAGUAAUCAUUGAGUUAGCUUGAGCUCAAAACAUAGAAAAAUCUGUUGUCCUGGAGCAAAGAGAACCAAUGGCACAUUAUAAUAUUUAGAACUUCUCACAGGGGACUCUGAUUUUUGCCUCUUUUUUUGCAGGGCUGGUUGCUUGAGGCUUUUCCACAAACGAGAGAACAGGUUUCUUAUGCAGUUUUUCUUCUCAACUUAGUUUAUAAGUAUAGGGCUUUUAUAACAUUAUUUUCUUUUAUUUAAAUAAUAUGGUAUUUGCAUGGGAUUGUUUUUUUUAAUGUUACCCUGGAAAAGACUUGUAAAUACACAAAUGAUUUCUUUAUUAUUAUUUUUUCUGGGUGGGGGUGGGGGCUAGCAGUUUAUUAUUGCAUUUGGUUUGUUAAAGUGGGAGUUUGAAUUUUAUAAGUGUCCAGUGGAACCACAGGUGGUCCAAGCUCGAAAUAUGACCAUCAGCACUGUUGUGUAACGUUCAGAAUAUAAGGAUUUGUAUGGGAGAAAAAACACUUGUUUCUGUAGUCUACGAAUGUAAAAGGAUUGAAAUAAAAAAAGGCUAACCUCACUUGAGUGGAUCAUUAUAAUUAUGUUUCUGGGAAACUGCCCACCUACCCCUCCCCAAAGCUAUUGGUUUUCACAUGUAACUUUUCAUACACUUGUCCAUGUGAGAUUUAAACAAGUUCUAUUUUUCAUUGUUACAAUCUCUAGGCUCAAGCACUGCAAGCAGAGGGAAUAAUGCCAAAACAUUUUGGUAAGGUUUGAUAACUUGCUCUUUUUUCAAUACUUUCUCUUUGGUUUCUAAACUAAAAAGAGACAAGCCCUUCUCUAAAUGGACAAGUUAAAUAUGAGAUUAUUUCUUCUUUACUCACAUUACCAUCAUAAGGGCUCAUUGAUUUGCAGAGUAGAAUUUUCUAGAUUCUACACUCGAAGUAAAUUAUUUCACCAUUUUCAGAAGUUUAACCAUUUACCAUUUACAGGAGCCUAUUGCCCUGCCAUUUAAGAACCACAAGCAACCUUAUUCCCAGGGUCCUCUCCUGCUCGCCAUGGGGCCGAGUAGGAGAGGGCCCUGGGAAUAAGGUUGCUUGUGGUUCUAAAAUGGUAAAUGGUUAAAUUUUAAUUGAUAACUUUUUCAUGUGUCCUUACCAUUUCAUCAAGCAGUGAUGCGUUAGCUGUCAGAAAGUAUAAUCUGCUUUCAAUGGAUAUGUAUAAUUUUUAAAAAACAUACAUUGUGAUUAUUUUUAGUGCUUCUUGAGGCUCGAGACACAGUCCUGAUAGAAAGGGUGAUGGGCAAAAGAAUUGACCCUGAUACUGGAGGUAGGAUGUUAUUAUUUAUUACAACAGUAAUUAUUUAUAACAAGAUGACCAUAAAGUUACUUACCGUUAUUCUAGAGAAUUAUUUGGCUGUUACACCAUAAAAGUCUCAAAGUAAGCCCUCUGACCACAGUUAUAUUCCCCAAAUUUAUACAUCAAAAUUGCCUCUUCUUCCUCUGAAUACAUGCCCCUGAAGCUUUUAUUUUUGCAUUUGCCCUCAAAUACACUAUUAGCCUGCGAAUACAGCAAUCUCUCCUCACUCGUUUCUGCAAUGGACAUUUUGAUGUUCUCAUGUUCAAUGGUGAUUUCCACUUCCCUGGGCAAAGGGUCUCUAACUUUUGGAUAGAGCUUCCACUCUUUAGAAUGCUCAAAGUCCGAAUAAUUUAUUCAAAUACAAUUAUCCUACCUUCCUUUUUAGAAUAAUAGUAAAGUGGAGGCCAAACCAAAGGAACUCUUUCAAAUGUUUUAAAACUACAAAUUAAAUGUUCAUAAUUGACUACCUGAGUUAAAGGGGAAAUGAUUAGGUACACACAGUUAAACCUCAUUAGUAGGGACAACAAAGGGAAUUCAGCUGCUUAGUUUAGAGUUUGGAAAUGUAUGUGUAUAAAGAUUGGUAUCUUCCAUCUGGACCCCAAGAACUGUCUGUUAUAGAGUUUCCAGUGAAUUCCUUACAAGCAAAAUGCACAGUAGAACAGCUGUAAAGAUAAUGAUGUAUUUUUUCCAGAUGUGUAUCAUUCAACAUUUGACCCUCCUACUGAUGCUGCUGUAGUUCAGCGCCUUGUUCCUGAUCCCAAGUCCUCUGAGAAAGUUAUGAUUGAAAGACUGAUGGAGUACCACAGGUAAGCAGUGGUUAGAUUGAAGCCUGCUUCAACUGAUAUUCAAACAUGAAAGCAGCAAGGGAGAAACACCAGAGGUUUCAUGAAAAUAAAAAAGAUCGUCGCAGUGAAAUAAACAACCUAGGCGGUUGAAAAAGAACCUGAAAAAAAAUCAGACUUGACCAGGAAUCGAACCCUGACCUUUGCAAUGACUGGACACAACACUCUAUCCAUUAAGCUAACCAAGCCAACUGGAGAGCAAGUAUUGUGAGUUCCCGAUAUGAAUGGAAAUAUAUGAAAUGACUCGUGUGAUAUGGGUUUGAAAGGGACAGAGCAGAGAAAUUGUGUGUGCAAAAAUGCAAAAAGGGCAUGAAGGAGGGAGGAUGGGAAGGAAAGUCUUCCACAAUCCCUCCCUCCCUCCCUCAGGCGACCAGUUUCCUCUUUCCCUCCUGUUGUACAGGACAGGACAGUCUUUGUUUUGCCCUAGAGCACCACUGAACAGCCAAAUUUUGUAAGCAACUAAUGCGUAGCUGUUUAUAUGAAUUUUAUGCAGACAUAUUGAUGGCAUUUUAAUGUGUUAUGAGAAGAUUUACAAAUCUGUCAAUGUUGAUCAGCCAAAAACAGAUGUCUUUUCACAAGGUGAUCGUUAUUAUUUUUGAUUUAUUGAUAUUAAUUUGUUUUGUAUAACGUCACAGAUUAUAUAAUGAACAUUUCUUAUCCAGGAUUUAUAAUAUGAACAUGAUGAAUGUAUUUGAUUUACAAGAUCAAUCUACCUCGGGGAGACUUGAGCGAAAUUCCAGUCGGGGACACAGAUAUUUUUAUAAGUCACACACUCCGUGGCGACAUCACAAAAAUCAAGUCUUUCCCAGGAGUGAGCAUUUUUCACCUUUCUGCAUGUUUCGUUACGUCCAGCCUUUUCACGCCGCGCGCAACGCGUCACGCGACACUUAACGCGUAAAAAGAAAGUGGCAUAGACUACGAGACGUGCCUCAUUUUCACAUGGAUAGUAGAUCAAGAAGCGGGCGAAUUACCCAAGUGCGCGUAAUCGCCACCCGUGAGGAAGGUGACACGCGGAAGGAAUUUUCUCCCCUUUCUCCGCGUCUCGCCUCUCCUCGCGCGCAGCGUUUUUCACGCGAGCCCGCAUAUUGCGUUCCCUCAACUAUCCCUCAGGAAAAUGAGUGUCUACUCAGUAGUCUAAAAGUAGUGCGGCCUGGUUCAAAGAAGAAGAUACUGGUAUUAGAACAAAGGCAACUCCAAGCCAAGGGAUACUAUAAACUUGAAAGUGCUUAAAGUAGCCGUAUCAUGAGAAUUUUCCCAAGAUUUGAUGCAGGCAAAACUAGAAUUUGCUUACACUCGCUGAUGCAUAAUGGUGAAACUGCUGCGUGAAUUCAGUUCUAGUGUACUUUAAAUAUAGUUAGGGAACCUGUGCAUAUGACAACAAGCGUGUCUAUCUCACUGUUGUAGUGAUGGCCUACCUAAAGAUGAAUCACCGAGAUAGCGCUCCUCAUACUCCCAGACUCAUUCUUUUGGGUCCUACUGGGUGUGGUAAGAGUGUACAGGCUGAACUUCUGGCCAGCAAAUACGGUCUGGUGAAUGGUAAGUUAACACAAAAAGUUUAUGAGCAGACAUUUAAUUUAUGACCCUUCGUUAUACUGUGCACAGCGCCUCUUUUUGCGCCAAAAAUUGUAGUCCGUCGUGGUCGAUCCGUUCAAGCUGCCAUGUAAAACCUCCUUUUGGUUGUGAGAUUGGGUUGGCAAGUCCACGUCAGUUUUCAGUUUUCUUAAUAUUUCGACUUCAUUUCAGACACUUUUAAAACCCUUUCAGUCAUAAUAGUGGCCAAAGUAUAAACUCGCAAGAAAAAACCAGUAAGUUUUAAAUUUUGUAAAAUCUUCAGAAACAAAUGGUGCUAUGCAACAGGUCUGCGAAAGAGGUUUCUAGUUGAGUGGUAACAUAAAAGGAUUUCGUCCAUAGUCUCAAAAGUUGGAACGACAUACGAAAUGAAUAGCAUCAUAUGAAAGUACUGCUGAAGAGGUUUCAUUUGAAUAGUAACACCAUAGGAUUUCAUUCACAGACUCAAACGUUAAAACAACAUACUGUAUAAAUAACACCAUGUGAAACUACGGCAGAGAGGUUUCAUUGAAUGGUAUUACUGUAGAAUUUCAUUCACAGAUUUCAAAGUGAGGGUGUCAAAAAAAGUCGGGCCACACCUUGAACUUUAAAAACAGUUGAAGUAAAAACGCAAAGCAGUUAAAUAUGAGUUUUCUGAACAAAAAUGUACCAUAAAGUGAUUUCUUUUACUUACGUCGCUACCUACGGUCUUUACAUUGUUAUGGCAUUAGUAAAGGGCUAUCGAUCUCUGCAAAUACAUGGUUGAUACAAAAGGUGCAUUUAUGUUACCCUGAAAGCAAGGACUAAUUUAGCUACAUGUAUUGUAAUAUGGAGUAGACAUUACGAAAAACUAGGCUCUUUACGCGGGUUGCCUAUAUGGGUACCAUACGUCACAUGUGAGGUUCAAAAUAACGACGUUGUGCUUGUUGCUUUUUAGUGUCUUGUACAGAGCUGAUUAAACAGUCCCUUGUGGAUGAUUCAAAGCUUGGCGAGGCUGUGAGACCAUAUGUGGAGCGAAAAAUGCUAGGUAAGAAGAUAACACCGUCCUUUUGUUCAAUCGAUUUCAGUAAACAGGGUACGAGUGAAGGCCUCAAAGUGAUCCUUGUUGUUGUCGCCAGCCUGAGAAAAUAGCCGACGAACGCACACUGGUUUCCCCGCGAAAUGUCGUCUAAGAAACGAGCGCAGAACUUCCAUGCUGAUGACGUGUCACUACGCAGAACCGUAGGUAGUGUUUCUGAAUGGUGAUGCCGCGAGGGAACUUUCCUUCAAGCAACCAGAAGCAGUGCCCAUAUCUGGGCGGUGACACGUCAUCAGUACGGAAUUACUGCGAUUGUUCCUCAGACGUCUUUUGGUAAGGAAACUAGUGGUGGCGUCUUUUGAAUAUUAGGGCAACCUCGUCCCCACAAAGCCAGCGAAAACUCGCCCUGGGGACGAGGUUGAUUUUAGGGAGCUUAAGAAACGACGACGGCGACGUCAACGAGAAUAGCAAAAAAGCAAUAGGUUUGAUUAGCAAAACAACAACUUUGCACGUGCAUCACGCUUUUUUGUUGAUUUCUUUGCCUUCUCUGCACGACUUCGACGUGAGACUUCCUCAUUUCACGUUUUAUGGAGGACGUGAGCACAUGACAACGAUUUUUUUUUUCUUUUGUGAACUCAGAUACAGCUCUUUAGAAUUCAACUUCUAAAAUAAUAGCCAUCUUUUGACUAAUUUAUAGUGUUGGGAUAAGAGCAAUGAAGUUUGAAACAGCGCGAAUUCACUUUUUGGGUGACGUCUUCUCUGUCGUUGCUGUCGUUGUUGCCUAAGCUCCCUAUAGUCGUCUUCAAAAAUACAGCUACUAAAUGUUUCGUUUUCUUUGCCUUUACUUCCUAGUCCCCGAUGACUUAGUUCUUCAGUUGCUACAAAAUCGCCUUGCACAGCUUGACGCUGUCACAAAAGGUUGGGUAAUACACGGCUUCCCCAAGACCAGGGAGCAAGCAGAGUCGUUAACGAGAGCUGGAUAUGAACCCAAUAGGUACACAAGCCCGAAUACGUUCGCUCAAUCUUUUAUAACAGAUUAUACAGUGGUCACAUAGCUGUAUGUAGAAUUGUUAAAUGUAGUGGCAUCGAAAUGUCGAGAAGCAGAGCAUGUCAUAGUUAGGGGGAGCUACAGAAAAUGACUUAAAACUGUAAUAACCCUAUAAAUGUUUACGCCAUAUUUCAUCCCCGACGUGCAUCGUUUGUGAACAGCUUGAUUUUUUUUCUUUUGCAUUUGCACUGUUGGUGCGUGAGUAUUCUUUUUCAUUUAACUGUCCUGAGAAUUCGUUGUUGUGAAACCUUUUUAGGUUGAAAAUUGCAAAACGAAGCUUGGUAGUCAGUAAAAUUUGAGAGUCUUACUUAAGCACAUAUGAGGACAUUUAUGUGAUUACUCAUCAGUGUUGUUGAUUGAUUAAGGGUGGUGUUUAUGGACGUACCAACAGACACUAUCCUUGAGAGACUAACCUUAAGAAGCGUAGAUCCAGUUACUGGGGAAAGGUGAGUAUUGGCACUUCAAGUAACCUCUUUAACAUAUUCACUGUUGGUUUUGCCCCGGGCAUGAAUAUCUUCGUUGAUAAUGGUAACAGGACUGAGUGGAGUCCAAUUCGGUCUGUAAUCAUACAAGUGAUUAACAUAAUCGGGCGACGGCGUAGCAGGAUCACGAGUAUGGUUACAGACCGAAUUGGACGACACGAAGUUCUGUUGCCAAUUAAUCAUGGCUGUAACAAAAUCUGUGAUUUUUUUGGACCUUUCAAAUUAAAAAACAUGAAAUUCCAAGCGUUUUUUUGUUAGCGGUAAAAAAAGCCAUUGAAGUGUACGCGUGCGAUGGCGCGUGCUGUCCAAUUACUUGGGCAUGACGCGUACUCUCCUAUUACACUGUACUUUUAAUGCUGAAAUCAGGACAGAUGAUAGCCAGUCAUAUUUGAGAAAAUUGUUAUAGUUAUGAUUAUGCACUUGUCACCGGAAACCCCCACGCCGGGGAGACGUGGGGCAUACGUGGGGAUUUGUAAGUGGUUAGAUGACUUACCAGCCCCCAGGGGGUGGGGGAAUAGUUCACUUUAGACAAUUUAUAUUGUAGACGGGGACUGUACUCUAGUCCGAAGCACAUGGUCGAUUGUUCAAAAGGUAUAUAUACAUCCCAUCUACCCUUGGAGGACCUGUUCAUACUGCUAAGGGGACUGAUGAGAAUCAGUUGAAAAAAAACCUCGAUUUAGCAGCUGAUGUGUAUAUUUCAAGAGUGCAAGGGGCUCCAUGUGGGGAAGCGAAAGUACACUUGUACAAAGAUGCUGGUGGUCUUGAAGCCAAGAAACUCUUAAAUAGGAGGCAGAUGCUGCUGAAAUUCUUAAGCGGAAAAUCCACUGAAAAAGAAAGUUUGCAGAGAAACCAUCCUGAAAUGUACAAGUAUUUUCAACAAGUUUGGAAAGUGUAUCCCAGUCGCAAGUUGCCAAACUUGUCUAACAAGUACUUUUUAGUGCUUGCUUUGUGCUUUCAACCGGGAUGCCCACAUAGCCUGUGUAUGGCUGGGAACAAAGAACAGAGUUGCUGGUAUGAAGGUGGACCUCCCCUUACUUAUUUCCCACUUCCAGUCCCUGAUUCUGCAAAACCAUGGGGCGGUAACUGCUCCAGCUGUAAAGGUCAAUGUCCCGGUCACUAUAUGAAGCCACAUGAAUUGUCACAGUGUUUCCAAGGUGUGUCAGAAAAGUAGGACUUUGCAUAUUUCGCUAUUAAAUGUUAACCAGUCUCUGAAAAAUCCAAACCUUUAGUCGGGGCUUAAACUAAAAAUUCUCCCCUUUAAGGUGGGGCUUUUUCUUCCUUUUUUUCGUUCAGCUGUCUAAUGCCCCACGUCUCCCCUGUUUACACGGGUGGGUCCAGACAACAGCCAGAAACUUGAACCGAUCCGCCUUUCGUUUACACGGGGACCGGCGGAACAACUUUUGACCUGGUCAGAAGUACGGACUCGUGUAAACAGCAGUACAAUCUGUGACAGAAUUUGCACGGUUCCGUGUAAAGGGUUUGCACAGAUAAAAAAUUCUUCCGUUCACAAAUUUCCCCAGACCCGUGUAAACGGCGUCUAAAGUGGCUCGAUUAGCGUUUUUAGGGGCCGCCCCUACAAUACCUCAAUACCUCCCAAGUUUAGGCAUUAACUAGAUCGUUACUUAACAAGGAUAUCGGAAAACCGUCACCCGAAUUGUUUGAGAUAAAGAUAAUUAUGCCUCAGCAGUUUCGCUCUGAAAAAUAUAAUUAUUUUAAAACGUGUGAAAAUAGUUGAUAGGGAUAGAAGAAGGGUUUGAUGAGCUUGCGUUAAGGAGCUCUUUUUAUGUGGUCGGUCUACUGCAAAUAUGGAAACUGUGUGAUUAUUUUUUUUAAAUUGAUCUAUUCGAGGUUGAUUAUAAUUUUGCAUGUCCUUAAAGUUUUAGGACUUUUAAACCUUGAAGGCAUAAAAUGAAGCCCCCCAAUGCCCUUUUAAUUGUCACAGAUUCUGUGUUAUGAGAGUUCGUUUUAUUCAAGGGAUUGUCAAAUAAUUAUUCACUUCUUUUGGCUUGUUAGAUAUCACUUGAUUUACAAUCCACCUCGAACAAAUGAAGUUAAACAACGGUUACAAACGGUGAGUACUCUGUUUUUAUCAAAUGUUCAAAAAAAAUGUUAGUUAUGGGCCAGUUGUUCAGAAGAUAGAUAAAUCACUAUCCAGUUCAGUGGAUUUGACAGUGGAUAACUAUUAGGAAAACUAGUUGCGUUAUCCAGUGGAUAGUGAUUUAUCCGGUGGAUAGCGCUAUCCACCUUUUGAACAACUGGCGCUUGGACAACUUUGUGUUCUGUUUCGAUUCAGAGCCCAAAAGACGUAGAGUCAGCGGUCAACCACCGGAUGGUCGAGUACCAGGCCUACAUUGAGGAAAUCGGAGAGUACUACGAGGGGACUGGGGAGCACGUCAAUGCUGAUCAAGAUAUACACACCGUGUUUGAGUGUAUUGAGAGUAUAAUAGUAAACCCAAUACCACGAAAGGAGUAAUAUCACUGGAGUAUGGAGGUUGCAUGGAGGAUAUUUGUAAACGAAGUUGUAAAUAUUAACAAGCAUUUAGCUUUGAAGACAGUGUAUCAUAGACGUAACUGAAAUCUUUUUUAAUUCCAGUUGUCGAAAUCUUGUUCUUGAGAAUCGCAGCUGUUGUAAUAAAUAAACCUUUGGCUGCAAUAAACGAUUUUGAAUUUGC